GGUGCCUUAUUUUUGUUCCAAAUGUGCGUUGUGUGGAUCCAUGCGAAAAUGGAGUCGUCACAGAUUCGCUGAUUAUUAUGAACUACUCUGAGGACGAUUGUUAUCAAUCCAAUUCAAAGCAUUGUUAUAAAUCCCUGGACAACAGCAGUGGCCUCUGUUACCUGGGCAAAGAAGAGAGGACCACUCAUCCGAGCAAAGAUUGUGUCUACCACCUUCCCAUCGUUUACGAAUCCGAACAGAUCGUUUUAUCCGAAGAGUAUAUUAGUCGAGCCUUAUCUGGGCCAAUAACGACUUUGAACGGAUCCUUUCCGGACAAUGCCUUUGAGUAUUGCGAGAGCAUCAAUUGCUACAUGGUCGUACACGAGGAGACCACCAAUAGCACCUAUUUCAUGGCCAAUCCCUCACAGCUGAGCUUGCAAGAGUCUGGGAUUACUUUUGGCCCCAGUGACAAACGCUACACAUUCUACUUUGAACCGAGAUGCGAGCCCAUGGAGCCUCAAGCUCGCCAAACCGUUGAUGAUUUGUGCAGCGAAUUUGAUGAGCCUCCGGCAAAUGCAGUUUUUGCAAUCGGAUACGACCAAUCAGAUUUGGCGGGCCCAACCGAUGAAAAAAGUUGUCGUACUGAAUGUGAGGAUUCUGCCACCUGCGCCAGUUAUGCCUUUCGAGUUGAUGAAAACGAGUGCAGAUUUUGGAAUCUCUCACCUGAUUUACCAAGCACGGAAAACCCGAUCUGCAUCAUAGAAUCAUCAAAGGGAGUUCCAUAUGCAGAAAAUUUUGAUCGCUUACCCGACGGAACAAUAAUUGAUUCAGACGCGGUUUUCGAAUAUAUCAGCAAAGACGGUUGUUGGGAGGCGUGUGCCAGCAAUCCACGAUGUAAAGCAAUUUCAAUCACAUAUUUCUAUUGCUUAAUGCUUCCUUUUGGUGGAGACGAGGUGACAACAACUGUUCCCGGGUUCGUUCCUGGCCGGUUUAUUACUAUUGGAAAGAUAUAUGGUGACGAAACCGCUUGCGACUACGGAAAAGCAACAAAAGGCAGUAUGGAACUGGUCAGUAGACCAGACGAAUGCAUCGCUUAUGGUUUGUGUCAUCAAGACUUUGGAACUCCGGAUUUCCCUGCCCCGCAAUGUUAUCUGGCUAGUGGUGAGUUUUGAAUUACUCUUUUGGUGAAGUUGACAAGUGGACCAGCCAGCUGUCACUUGAACUUUUUAUCUUCUUCUGACACACUCAAAGCAACACUUUAUCAACUCUACAUAUAGUAUUGUAUCCAAUCUCAGGCAAGCAACUUGCUUA